AUGGCACUCGUAGCCCUACCAAGCUUGCGCACUCAGUCCCAGUCUACGGCCCUAGAAGCGCAGUGCGCUUCGAGCGCUGCGCGCACGUCGCUUCCAGCGAGCCCCCAGGUUCUCCUGGCCCAUCGCCAUCUGUUCUGCCUGGCGGCUGCCUCUCUUGGCGCUGCGGCCUUUGCACGCUCCCAUCUGCGAUGGAGCAGGCAGGCUCGAGCAGGCCGUUCACGACGUCGGAAUGUUGUUCUUCGACGGAAUCAGCUUGAGGAAUCCGGCAUUGAGGAAUCUGGGGAUGCGCUGAUACCUGCCAUGCCCAUCGGGCGACUGGUGCAAAAAGGCAGCACCACAGGACUCGAGUAUGAUCCCUUCGACGCGCCUGAGUUCAUCGAGGACGAGCAUGGUGGAGGCAUCUUCAGCUGGAUGCCCGUCACAGCAGAAGGUGGCUUAAUGCCAGAGGGUGAAUACGACGAGCAGUCCUUUGAGGUUCCUGCAGAUCGCCUUGAAUAUUUGCAGGGAGCCGGAUGGCUCCAGGCAGGCUCCAGCGAGGACUACCGUGCCUACAUCGUGGGCGAAGUCUCCGAAGUGCACGGACGCAAAUGGCAGCGCGUUGUCUUGAAGGGCCGGAAGGACUCGGUGCGCGAGGGCGCCCUACGGUUGAUGGAUUCUGUUCAGCUCAAACUGCUUGUGCCGAGGCGAAGGCGUGCUGAGACAACGGCCCUGGGACCAGCCUGUCGGAGAACUUCCGAGGCCGGACGACCUGAAGGAGCCGGUGUUGCUUCCAAGAGCAUAGGCUCUGCCCGACGAAUUCCGGUCGAACAGGAUGUGUGGGACUUCGUCACUACUCAGCUGGCGCAAUCACAAAAAAGUGGACGUGCCAUCGGAUGCCUGUGUAUGCAUUACUUCUGCCUCAAACGUCGCAGCUGUGGCCGGCUUCCAUCUCUUGCUGCCGACGUCUGA